AUGGUUAACAACGAAUUUUUGGAAACGUUGCCUAUAUUCACUAUCGAGGAUGCCAGUGGCCUCGAACUUAACAUUCGUGGAAAUCCUAGAAUGAAUACUAAUCAGUUAAGAGAAGAGUGCCAAAAAAAGGGAUGCUCGAAAAAUGCUCUGGCAAACAUUCAAGAGUCCUUCACUUGUCCACUGGAGAGGCCAAUACGAAGAGUGUGCAAAGUCGUUUCGAGCAACAUCGAUCUCACAGAGUAUGAAAGCGCUCUGGAUCAAAUAGAAGUGGUAGUGGGAGCACUGUCGCUUGUAGGAAGCAACGUCACCAGUUUUCCAAAAAUGAAAAAUCUUCUUCUCCUGAAGCAGCCACAGAGAGGACCAGUACUCGUCAUUGAAGAUAAUCCAAACUUGAAUUCUUUGAAUGCAUUAUACAAGCUUGAAAUACAACUCCGCAAAGGUGAAAGCCCUGAUGAUGCAAUAAAUAUUGGAAAUAAUCCGAAGCUUUGCGUCGACGAGGAUGCGUCGACAGUGCCAUUCGUCAUCAAAUACUUAUCGAAGGUGCCCAUAUGUGAGUUACAUCAUCAACCAUAA